AUGAUAUCAACUGCAGUGAUCUCUAACCCUAUCUUUAUCUCGGACGUCCGGUCAACCACCACUGCUAACACCACCACCAAGCGACAUCGACCUUCUGACUAUUCUUCUUCAUUGGGUUUAUUGCAGCUUCGGGUUGAGGAAAGUUAUGUUGGUAUCUAUUGGAACAUUUUGGAAAAAAAAACCAGUUGCUUCUAUUGGGAAGAGCAAGGAGAAGUUGGCAAGGAUGAUCAGGAAUCGAUUGGAUACCACGGUGGAGAAGUCAAGAAAGAGCAUGACAAACUAGAUCAAGAGGUGUGAAGAAUGUAAUUAGUUAAUUUACCAGUUUGAAGUUAUUCCAGAUAAUAGAAAAGAACUUUAAAUUCAUUAAUGGUUGGGUAAGACU